CAUAUGAUAUGAUAUGAUAUGCAAAUACGCAAAACCAAAAGGACACAACAGCAAAACUGGAACCCCACGAAUGAUUAAACAACUCAGCAAAGCAACUAACACUUUCAAUUUUCAAACAAAAUAACAACAACGCAAAGAUUCGAAUCUUCCGUUUAGAACAUUCCAUCACAAGUAACAAUCUAACGGUUCAAAAUCCAACUAAGCUUCAACAAAAAUUCCAUAGCAUAAUUCCAGCAUCACCACAACAUUAAAACAAACGUUGUUCUUGCUAACUUCUUCUCUCUAAUUCUUCCUCGUAUUUCGACAACACUUCCACACCAAUCAUUUUUUUCACCUCUCUCUGCCGGAGAAACCUUGUUCCGGUGGUGGCGGGAACGAGGUUUGUUUGACCGUUAGGUGUGUCCACAUGGAGGUUUCAUACGUGUCACCGGAAAGCUCUAAGGUUGUGUCACCAAGAACACUAAGAAAGUCUAUAGUGGAAAAAGUGUUUGGAAAAUCGUAUUCCAUUAAAGGCAGUGGAAGCUUCAAGAAACGUAGUGAGUCUCAAAGUUCUAUCAAUGAAGAUAAUGAAGGUGGCAUGGAACUCAUGGAAAUUGGAGCAGAAAGAACAAAAAAUGUGUUGAUUCUCAUGAGUGAUACUGGUGGUGGACAUAGAGCUUCUGCUGAGGCUAUUCGUGAUGCUUUUCAAAUUGAAUUCGGUGAUGAAUACAAGAUAUUUGUUAAAGAUGUAUGGAAGGAGUAUACAGGGUGGCCAUUGAAUGAUAUGGAAGGUCAAUAUAAAUUCAUGGUUAAGCAUGUUCAGUUAUGGAAGGUUGCGUUUCAUAGCACUUCCCCUAAAUGGAUUCACUCUGUCUACUUGGCUGCCGUCGCUGCCUACUAUGCAAGAGAGGUGGAGGCAGGGUUGAUGGAAUACAAGCCAGAUAUUAUAAUCAGCGUCCAUCCCAUGAUGCAACAUAUUCCACUAUGGGUUUUGAAGUGGCAAGGUUUGGAAAAGAAAGUUAUUUUUGUCACUGUUAUUACAGACCUUAGUACCUGCCAUCCUACUUGGUUUCAUCCUUGGGUGAAUAGAUGUUACUGCUCGUCAGAGGAAGUGGCAAAAAAAGCCUUACUAGAGGGACUUGAGGAAUCUCAAACCCGAACUUAUGGCUUGCCAAUCCGGCCUUCUUUUGCUCGUGCAGUUCUUGUUAAGGAUGAACUAAGAAAAGAACUUAAGAUGGAUCCUGACUUGCCAGCGGUUUUACUGAUGGGAGGUGGUGAAGGAAUGGGUCCGGUCAAGAAAACUGCAAAGGCUCUAGCAGAAUCACUAUAUGAUAAAGAAAAUGAGAAACCAAUCGGGCAGAUUGUAGUCAUAUGCGGUCGCAAUAAGAACUUAGUAGCUUCUGUGGAAGCUAUCGAAUGGAAAAUACCAGUGAAGGUUAGAGGAUUUGAGACAAUUAUGGCCAAAUGGAUGGGAGCAUGUGACUGCAUCAUAUCAAAAGCUGGACCAGGAACAAUUGCAGAAGCAUUGAUCAGAGGUCUUCCUAUAAUCCUCAACGACUAUAUCCCUGGACAGGAAAAGGGUAAUGUGCCUUAUGUGGUAAACAAUGGAGCUGGUGUCUUCACUCGCAGUCCUAAGGAAACAGCGCGAAUUGUUGCAGGAUGGUUCACGACAAAACAGGACGAACUAAAGACAAUGUCAGAGAAUGCGCUUAAAUUAGCGAACCCUGAGGCUGUGUUUAACAUCGUGAGGGACAUUCAUGAACUUGCUAAGCAACGCGAGCCGGGGAACUUUCCUUACGAGUUGACCUCAUCAUUUACUAGCAUAAUCUAAUUGAUUGUUUAUCGGUUCAUCUUUCACCUUAGUUUUUUAUUUUAUUUUAUUUUUAGAAUUGACAUGUAUAGUGAAUUCUUCAAGUUACAUCAUUCUUUACCGUAUAGUGGCUUGCUUUUAGUAUCAUCAUAAGCUAAAAAUCUGGUAAACAGGCCAUUGUUUUAGGAGACUGGGAUUUAUUUAGGAUAUUUGUGGGAGAAGAUGGGUUUGUCUUGUAACUGUGACAUGGUUUCGCAUUCUAGUGUGUAUAUCAGGUUUUUCUUCUCCUUGGAACUCUAUACCUUAAAGAGUACAAGUUUUCAGCUAUUCCGCAGUACAAGAUAUCUUUAAGAAGCAUGUCAUAUCAAUUCUUACCUUCAAAACCUGAAUAGUUUGCAGUUA